AGGUCGCAUCCGAAGCCUCGGCUCCUCCUCGUGAUGGGGAGGCUGUGGAGAUUCCUGCGGUCGUGGCGGCUGCGGUGGGGCCUGGUGCUGGUCCUCUGCGGCGUGGGCGUGCUCAACCUCCUGCGCCCCUUCGACCAGGGCUCCAGGGUGAGCACCAGGAUCCUCAUGGUGCACAGCUCGGGCGGCUCGGCGAGGGAGAGCGCCCUCCCGCGCCUGAGGACCCCGGCGGCCGAUGGCAGCACCAGGAGGAAGGUGAUCGUGCUGCCGCGGCUGCAGGGCCACGGGGAGCUGACCUCGCCGCCCGCGGUCAAUAAGGAGCUGAGCCUCGGGGUCAAGGAGGAGGAGAACUCCGCCCGGGAGGUGCUCGACGGGGAGGGGGCAGGGAGGGACGGGGCGGCGCAGGAGCCGAGGGACGAGGACGAGGCGGACAGGGGAGGGGGGGACGUGACAGCGCUGAGGGGCGGAGGACACCCCGAGGACGCCAACGCCGCCCACGAGAUCCACUCCGGCGAGCCAGAGAUCCAGCCGUCAGGGCGGAGGGCGGAGGAGGACACGAAGGACGAGGAGAAGACCCGGAAGGAGCAAGAGGACAUCGAGAUGAGCUUCCACCAGCUCCCGCCGCAGCAAGGGGAAGACGGAGCGGCGAGCUGGAGGAACCUGAGCGCCGAUGAGCUGGCCAGCCUGUCCGUGCUGGGGCGGCGGAUGUACCUGGGCGAGCGCGUCGGCACGCCCAAGGCAAGGAACUUCACCAUCCUCGUGUGGAAGACGGGGCGCAGUGUGGAGAGGCGCCUCCUCAAGCAGUACGGCAAGGACAAGAAGGACCCCUUUGCGGACUGCUCUGUCAGAAACUGCGACGUCACGUACGAGGACGCGGCCGCCAGCACCGCCGACUCGCUUCCAUCCUGGUCCACCUGCACGCAGAAGGGCCCGCAGACUUCCGACGAACCGCACCAAGGCCUCGCAGCGCUGGGGGAUCUGGAUGACCGCGACGAGAGUCCGUAUCACCACCUUCUGGUCGCCAAGGACCAAGGACCUCAGCCACUCAACGGGUACUUCAACUGGUCCAUGUCCUACAGGCAUCCAGCGACACGAUCCCGUGCCCUACGGAAGGACCAUCAGACUCGCAGAAGGCGAAGAACCAAAAGACAGCGUCGAUUAUUUCAGUACAAAAUCCAAGACCGUGGCCAUCAUGGGAUCGAACUGCGGCGAGCGCGAGAUCUGUCGAGACUCACUACGGACAUGUUUAGAUCCUUCACUGCCCUCUUUCCUCAGGUCUGGUGGAACGCCCUUGGCAAGGGAGCAGUCCCUGUGGUGAUGGGAGGCCCCGCCGAGUCCUACAGGAAGAUCCUCCCUCCGAACUCCUUCUUGCACGUCGACGACUUCGACACGCCCAAAGACCUCGCAAGACAUAUACUGGCGCUGGCCACAGAUCGCCAGGCCUACAACCGCCUACAUGCUUGGAGAUCGAAGUUCCGAGUCGCCAACGAACACGGCUACUUUGGGUCUCCGGUUUACCACUACUGCCGGGUAUGCGAGGCCCUGAAUUACAACGACCCGAAGCCAAAGGUUUAUAAUCGGAUGCAGGAAUUUUGGAACAAGCAGAAGCAGUGUUUCCCGCCGACGUGGGGCGAGCGGUUGAAAAGGACAGAGGGUUGAUUUUGUGGGUUUUUUGUCGGCUUUAUCACCCUUCCUUCUGGGAGUGUGCUUAUCGAUGUAUAUUUUCCCAUUGGCUUGUUUAUCCUCCUCUCUCAUAGUCUUCCCUUAUGAUAGUCAAAGAGUCUGUUCUCAUUGUGUGCAGUCCCCCCUCAGCUCCCAUGUCCGCCACUCCAGUUUCCACCCCCGUAUCCGAAACACACGAUCCGACUCCUAAUGGUUCGUGUUUUUUUUCGGAUACAAGAGUCGGUAUUUGUCAGCUUGCGAGUGAAGGGGCCUGCAGGAGGGUCGAGAGAGGCACGACCAAAGGCUCUUUCGUCUGUGAUUCGGAUUCCGUGUCGAGUGGCCAUAUCAUGUGAUCCUUCGGUUGUUUAGAUUUUUAGAUGUUUCGAAAGGGAUUCGACGCUCCAUUCACGACGAGACCUUGCCCGCGCGCCUGUACCUCGUUGCCCUCGUGUCCGCCACUGCCCAGCUCCCCCAAAUACGUCCACUGCAUUCAAGUACACUUCGUUGCAGUCUCCAGGUACACGACACAGAUUUA